AUGGAGGCCAUUCCCAGCCCAAACCUCACCGCAACGCAGCUCAUCGAGCGCUUCCAAAGGCGGGGUCUUUCCAAGCGUGAUCUCGUAGCGCUUUCAGGAGGCCACUCCAUCGGCCAGGCCCAGUGCUCUGCAUUUAGCGCACGCCUCUUCAAUGGAACCCCAGGAGAUAGCAUCGAUCGGGCCUUCAAAUCUCGACUCGAGAAGAAUUGCCCUCCAACAGCCCCAGACAGAUUGACCAAUUUGGAUCCAUCCCCCACCACCUUCGACAACUUGUACUUUCGAGCUCUCCUGGCCAAUCAGUCGCUCCUCUUUUCAGACCAGCAGCUCUUGCAGAGUGAUCUGGUGGGCUUUGUCAAGGAGUUUGCGGCCAAUCAGCAGACGUUCUUUACCGCGUUCGCCGCUGGCAUGAUCAAAAUGGGCAAGCUCUCGCCAAUCACAGGAGGGCAUGGUGAAAUUCGAUCCUCGUGCUAGUUUUUUUCCUAUACAUGUAAAUCUAUUCCUCACAUAAAAAUAUACACCACAG